AUGUCCCAGUACAGUUCUCGAUGACGUUUGUGCAAAGCUGCAGAUUGCAAAGGAUCGCGUGUUUGUUCGAUUAUCAAAUGGGCCGCGACCCUAUCUGUUCGUGUCAUGAAACAUUCUGAUGAGUCGAAAGCAGACUUACGAUUUGUCAUUCCACCUGGAGACAUUCCAGUGCAGCUGGUCUACUACAAUCAACACAUUACAACAGAGGAUCUUGUUGACCGGCUUCGCCAAUGGGCCAUGGCUCCCCCAAGACAUAACACAAUUCUGUAUUGCAUUUUAUCAUGCGACAAUCGACUACACUGUACAGGACGGAUUUAUUCGGAUCCUUGUGUGUACAGAUGCUGUUCGAAUGGGAUGUGACAUGCGGAAUAUUGAACGGGUCAUUUUAUGGGGCAUGCCACCUUCAUUUUGCGCACUUGUACAACGUGCUGGGAGGGCCGCUCGUGACGUGACGAAACUUGGCGAGGCUAUUUUGAUCAUACCAGUGCAGUGUGCGGAAACAGGGUGUUACCAGGCUAAGCUUACUGAAGUCUAACAGUGGCAACUUGCCCCACUCGGAUUUGCAUAAAAAAUGUGAUUGUUGUUCCUUUGUUCCACCCAGAUCAAACUUCCAGCGAGGGUGAAUCAGUGUCGGAAAUUUUAUUGCGUAUCCAUUGAAACCUUUGUUUUCGUAUGCAUGGUACCCCGUCUCCUUCACGAUGAUCA